UACCGCAUACACUUCUUGCCGCUUCUGACUAGUUGUAGCACUGGUUGUAGCAACGGUUAUUUUGAGCUGCGAGUAUUUGCUAGGGAUACACGAUAACCUUUUCCCCCGGUAGGGUGCUGUAGUAAUUUUUAGAUGAGCACGGACUUUGUCGUCGUCGACCCGAGCACUCGUAACCCACCGAGCACAUUGCACGAGCAAAAGCAGACGAUAUCGAGCAGUAGUGACAGCAUUCACCAACAAGCACAGAUGGGGAGUACAGGAAAACUAGUUACUUAUGCGCUUGGAAUAUUUGUAUGUUAUUUUUACUACGGUGUACUUCUCGAAAAGAUAACGAGAAGUGUAUAUGGGCCAAACAAAGAAAAGUUUGUAUUCGCACAGUCGUUAUCGCUGUUCUCAUGCAUCUUGAAUGUGAUAUUUGCUAAAAUGUUGCUCGUAACAUUCUUAAAAGAGGGAGUUGAUACCACGAGAAAAGCAUACUAUGCCAUAUCAGCAUUCACAUAUCUAGGAGCAAUGAUUGCUAGUACCAUCGCAUUGGAGUAUUUAAACUACGCUACACAGGUUGUAGGGAAAUCUUGCAAACCCAUCCCAGUGAUGAUACUUGGCGUCCUGAUAGGCCGCAAGCAUUAUGGACCUGCAAAGUAUCUAACCAUCUUCGUCAUCGUCGUUGGAGUUUGUCUCUUCAUGUACAAAGAUCAUAAAGCUACAAAAGCAUCACAGUCGAUGUUUGGUACAGGAGAGCUACUACUGCUCGUAUCAUUGACACUUGAUGGAGUUACUGGAGCCAUCCAAAAUAGGAUGAAAACAGAACACAAGACAAAGUCAGGAACCAUGAUGCUCAUGACCAAUUUAUGGUCCGUCUUAUACCUCAUUGCAGCUCAAAUUUUUACUCAGGAAGUGUGGGCAUUUCUGGCAUUUGUACAGAGAUUUCCACAUAUGUUGUACAAUGUAUUACUGUUUGCACUGGCAGGAGCCCUGGGACAGACUAUGAUCUUUCGAAUAGUGAGUGAGUACGGUCCACUAUCCUGUUCCGUGGUGACGACCACAAGAAAAUUCUUCACAGUCUUGGGAUCCGUCAUCAUUUUUAACAAUCCCCUGGGCAACAGGCAAUGGGUGGGAGUGGUAUUGGUAUUUAGUGGGUUGCUUUUGGAUUCUUACCUCAGCGGGAAAAAGAAAAGUGUGGACUGAGUGGCAUGCCUUCGCUUGGCAAUGCAUACACUGAGUGGUUUGUGUGCAUUAGAAAUUAUCGAUAGCACCGUAUGAACCUCAAGUUCCAUCAGAUAGUUAUUUAAGCUGCUCUUCAUCAGUCAUCCCUGUGAAAUGAGAGAAUGUUAAAAACGUUCAUGGCCUCGUCCUGUGUAAUAAACGUUUCAAUUUACUUGCA